CUGCCAGUGGUCCUAAAUCAGUGCCUUGUUUGUGGAAACUCCAUUCGUGGACUCGUACUCCACCUCCAGAGAGCAGGGCCGAGCAGCAGAAACACAGUGGUGUCAGACCUGCUCGGGCUCUGUUGAACAGCACAGCACGGCCUUUGAGAUCACCGAACACCAUGAAGAAUUUCAUCUUGGUGGUUUUGGGAUUGCUGAUGUCUCCUCAGCGAGCACACAGUGGAAGAGACGACAGGACAAACUGCAAGCCGGUAACAGCCAGCUUUUGUCAAGGCGUGGGAUACACCACCACCCUCCACCCGACUGGAGCUCUAGGCUUCAACCUGCAGCAGAUUGGUCAGAUGGUGGAGACGGCCUGUUCGCCAGAAGUCGCCACACUCAUGUGUCGUGUUGCCGUGCCUGAAUGCAGCUCGGAGGAUGACACCCGAACGAAGCCGUGUCGAGCUCUCUGUGAGAAGGUCAAGACAGACUGUGAGUCUGCCUUAAGAGCCAAGCGGCUGUUCUGGCCAGUCAGGCUGCGAUGUGACGCUUUGCCAGAGUCUAACUGCGUACAGGGUCGAGAGACCAGAGUCAUACCAACCCCCCCUGCAACAUGUCAGACAAUCAGUGUCCCGCUCUGCUCAGGCCUACCUUACACAGAAACUCUGCUGCCUAAUAUUCUGGGCCACAGCACUCAGGACCAGGCAGGUCUGGAGAUACAUCAGUUUGCGCCACUUGUAAAAGUGGAGUGUUCCCCUCAUCUGAAGCCUUUCCUGUGCUCCGUCUACACCCCGGAGUGUGUGUCAGGACGAGCUCGGCCUCCCUGCAGGACGACCUGUGAGCAGGCUCGGUCCGGCUGUGAGUCACUGAUGAACAAGUUUGACAUGCAGUGGCCUGAAGCCCUCAGGUGUGAAGCGUUUACAACAGAAUCGUGUCAACACGUUCAACACACCAUCGAUACCCAACCAUCUGCUGCAACAUCAUGUCAGACAAUCAGCGUCCCGCUCUGCAAAGACCUGCCUUACACUGAGACUGUGCUGCCCAAUGUUCUAGGCCACAAAACUCAGGAGGAGGCAGGUCUGGAGAUACAUCAGUUUGCACCACUUGUAAAAGUGGAGUGUUCCCCUCAUCUGAAGUCUUUCCUGUGCUCCGUCUACACUCCGGAGUGUGUGUCAGGACAAGCUCGGCCUCCGUGCAGGACGCUCUGUGAACAGGCUCGGUCCGGCUGUGAGCCACUGAUGAACAAGUUUGGCUUCAAGUGGCCUGAAACCCUCAGGUGUGAAGCAUUUACUAUGGAGUCCUGUGAACACUUUGGAGUGAGCAGCAGUGGGGGGAUCUGUGAGCCCAUCACCAUACCCAUGUGUCAGGGUCUGUCCUACAACCAGACCAUCGUCCCCAAUCUACUGGGACACACGAGUCAGAGAGAGGCCGUGAUGAAGAUGUCCUUUUUCAACUCCAUGGUGCAAACUGUGUGCUCGGUGGACAUACGCCUGUUCCUGUGUAGGGUGUACGCCCCCCAGUGUGUGGCAGGGGAAGUGCAGCAGCCCUGCAGGUCUUUCUGUGAGAGAGCCAGACAGGGCUGUGAGAGCCUGAUGACCAGUUUCGGCGUUUCCUGGCCGGAUGAGCUGCAGUGUAACUCAUUCCCAGAGGAAAUGUGCUUAUCAGAAGACAGGAGGACUGAGCAGAUGCUGAAUGCUGAGGAGGUUCUUGCUAAACUGAACGCUGGUGGUUACUCUGUUCGUGGCAAAUCCCUGAGCCUCAAGACCGCCCGCCUGCUGUUGACUCUCAUGGACGCAGAUAAGACCGGAGACCUGGAUGUGGUGGAGUUCUUCAAACUGGAGCAUCAUGUGGCUGUUAUCAGGAGGGAGUAUGUGGAGAGCUAUGAGAGGAGGAGUCCGCACUCCAUCACUCAAACCCAGCUGAAGAAGGCUUUGACUGCCCGCGACUUCAGUUUAGACGAUGAUACCUUCAGAACGCUGUGGCACGAACACCACCUCCAGGAUGGCAUCGACUACGAUGAGUAUGUGGCAGUUCUGACGAAACUUCAGAUCCUUAAAGAUCGUUUCAGCGCCCACCUGCUGAGUUUGCCGUGUGACUGCCAGGUGGCCAGUUUCUCUUUCAGACAGGUGAGAUUAAACGUUCUGGUUUAACAGAGAAAUUCUACUGACUUUGCCUGAAAGCUGUUUAUGUUACACGUUACAGAAGUAAUGCAUCAUAUGAUAUCAUAUAUAAGUUAAUCUGGGAUUUUGCAGAUUUCAUUUUGUGUUUAACAAGUAGAUCGAGAAAAACUUCAUAAUCUUCACUCAGGACUGUGAUUUAAA